ACCUAUUCUCUCUCGAUCACUUUCAAUCAUUUCAAUCACAUCCCUGCCUGUAGUGCUGCGCAAUGGAGAAAACAAAAGACUCAUGGACGUGGUCGAAGCGAAAAUAUAAUUCCAUCUCUCAUCUUCAACCUCCAACCCACCCUAAUUCCUAUCGCGAUUCUUGGGAAGAACAGGCUUUCGCAGUGGAUGCAGCCGGCGGGCUCAUUGGAGGGUGUGUUUGGCCUCCGCGUUCGUAUUCUUGCAGCUUUUGUAGGCGAGAGUUCCGGUCAGCUCAGGCCCUGGGCGGGCACAUGAAUGUCCACCGGAGGGAUAGGGUGAGACUAAACCAGUCUCCCUAUCCCCACAAUGACGAAACUCUUCAUAAACACCAAGACCAUGAUCAAGACCACAUUCCAAACCCAUGUACAUCCUUAGGUUGUAACCCUAAUCAUCCCGGACCUGACCGGGUUGUCUUUUCAUCGCCCUCGUUGGCAUCUAGGGUUUUUUCACCAGCUCUGCUUGCAACACAAGAGAAUCGCGAUGAAAGGAUCUUUCUCCCUACUGUAUCUCCUCCGAAUACUAUCGAAAAUCUUCGUAUCCAGUCCACUCCUACAUCGCGGUCAAAUUUGAAGAUGGUUGUUUGUCAAAUUCGCCCAGCCGGUGACGGAGAGGAGGAGGAGGAGGGUAUGAGUUGCAAGAGAAGGAGAACUACUGAUUCAAAUUCAAGUUGUGAUCGAAAUAGUACUCCUCUUCAAUCAGAAGUACUUGAUCAGCUUAGUUCUACCUCAACGGAGGAAGAAGAAGAAGAAGAAGUAGAUCUUGAGCUUAGGCUCGGAUAUCAUCAGCCUGAGGUGAUGUAGAAAAGAAACAACUUAAGUUCUGCUU